AUGUCAAUCACACGGAAAGCGGUUAUCAUACUCAAAUCGCCGAGUACGGGCGACUUAACACUAGAUCCGUACUACAAGGCUUUAUCAGAACAUGAAUACGCUGUUCACUUCAUUCCGGUUCUCGAGGAUGCCUUCUGCAACGAAGAUGCUUUAGAUAAUACGUUGCUCGCUGGACCUUCAACCUUCUCCGGCGUCAUAAUCACCAGCGGUCGAGCAGUCAAAGCUUGGGAAUCAUCUGCUCGACGGUUGUCGGGCAACCGUCCCGAGUCUAUUUCACCGGGUCAGUUGUCAGGAUCUGCCGAUUACCUACGGUUUCUGAGGUUCUUCGGACCUGCAGGUUGGGAUCGAAUACCGUUCUAUGCAGUUGGGCGCAACACCGCUGAGCAGAUGCGGUCGAUGACUCAAGUACUCGGACUUCCUCCUUGUCUCUGUCCUGGACACAUAAUAGGAGAUGAGUCGACCGGGACUGGGGAGAAGCUUGCCCAUUUCAUCGUCAGAGAUAUGGCGAAGCGUGGCGAUUCCCAAAACCCACAUCGUUCACUGUUAUUCCUCACCGGCGACAAAGUAUCCAAUAAGGAAGACCUCGCUUGGGUGGCAUUCUUCUCUCCCUCCGGAGCCCGUACUGCUCUUCCAUCCCUGCGAUGUCGAUUCCAGCUAAAGACACUCGAUACGGAAAGCACGGACUGCACACUUCGACUGGCAGUCAUCGGUCCCACUACGGCGGCAUUCCUCAAGGACAAAUACCAGCUUGUAGUGGAUGCGAUGGCACUGAAACCGGAUCCGCACGCACUUGCGCAAGCCAUGUCAUGUUGCGAUCAUCUGUCGUCAAGUUGA